AUGGCUGAAAUCCAGCCGAACAGUACUCUCUACAUCAAUAAUCUCAAUGAGAAGAUCAAAAUCGACGAGUUGAGGAAGUCGCUCGUCGCCGUCUUCAAACAAUUCGGAGAAAUCGUCAGUGUCAUGUGUUUUAGGACACUCAAGAUGCGCGGGCAGGCUCACGUCAUUUUCACUGAUGUAUCCUCCGCUGCGGCAGCGAAAGAAGCGCUCACCGGAUUCCCGUUCUAUGAGAAACCGAUGAAAAUCCAAUUCGCUCGUGAGGAAUCGGAUGCAAUCGCAAAAGAGAAAGGAACUUACGUGGAGAGACAACCGAAAUAUUUGUCAGAGAAGAUUCAGAAGAAACCGAAGAGUAAAAAAAGAGAAAACGGAGGAGAAGGUCCCGCCCCUCCAAACAAGAUUCUCUUUUGUACGAAUCUACCGGACAAUGCGACCGCCGAGAUGCUCGAAAUCAUGUUCAAUCAAUUCUCUGGACUCAAAGACAUCCGUAUGGUACCGAAUCGUCCGGGAAUCGCAUUCGUCGAGUUCGACACGGAUUCUCUCGCAAUUCCAGCAAGAACGACUCUCAACAACUUCCGAAUUUCAGCCGAACACGUUAUGCGUGUCGAUUAUGCGAAAAAAUAA